AUGAAAACUACAAUGUCAGAUGAAAAUGAAACCACAUAUCAGAAACCAUCGGUAGAAUUAUUAGAAGCUAUUGUACGUGAUUGUCAACAAAAUGAACAACGUUUACAAAAGUUAGAGCGACAUACAAGACAUGAACGUAAAAAAGCUGAAAAAUUAUUACAUGAAACAACUCUAACAAAAAUAAAUCAUGCAGUUAAAACAAGUGAUAAUCGAAGAGACAAUAUCAAUAAUGAAAACAGAUUAUCAACUUAUACAUCGAGUUUGAGACAUAAUAAUGAUGUUAACGGAAAAAAUGAUAAGAAAGAUCAUCGUAAAAGAACGACAAAAAAAAAGCCGACGUCGCAACAACAAAACUUUUUUAUUUCACUCGAUGAUGAUGAAGGUGAAGAUAAUAUUAAUAAUAAUAACAAAGAGCACGUAGAACAAAAUACAAAAGAAAAUCCGUUAAAUAAACGACAGUUAUUAGACAAGGUAGAAAAACUAUUAGCAGGCGAUUGGACUAGUAGCGAAGCGGAUCAAAUGAAAAAAUCGACAACAACCGCAUCAGAUUCAUCAUCAAAUGAGAGAAAACAUGAAGUUAAUGGAAAAAAUCAUUCAAUUAUUGCACAAUGGGUAGACGAUGACAAAGAUAAAACUCCACGAAAUACAUUAAAUUUAACAACGAAUGGUGAUAAAUCAAACCAUCGACAUAGCCAAAAAACAACAACGUUUUCAUUCGAUGAACAACAAGAAGAAAAAGAACAAUUGAAAAAUAAUGACAAUGUGAAAUUAUUUAAAAGUCGAAUUCCUGAAAAAACACCGAAAAAUGUUGAUGAUAGUAAUAGGAAUGAGCCAAGGAGGAAUAAGAAUGAGUCAAAGGAGAUACCGAUAGAAUAUGAGAAAAAAAUAACGCCCGAUCAAGUCAAUAUAAAAAUAAACGUUUAUGAUAAGGAUAAUACGUCAGCAUCAUCUGUAAGUCAAAUACCAAGAUCGAAUAAGAACGUUUUUGGUGAUAAACGUGAUGAAAAAUUUUACGAAAGAUUGAACAAUUUUGUUCGAACUGGAAAAUUUGUAAAUGAGAACGAUCAAAAUCAUAUUGAGGAAGAUAUUCCUCAAUAUAAAACUUAUGUGUCGCCUAAUCGCACUCUACCGUUAGAUAAUACACGAUAUGAUCAUCAGUAUGAUAGCUCUUACAACUGGAGAUCACCCUUAACGACGAACGAUGAUACAAAAAUUUUACCUACAACAUCAUCAUCUCGCCAGUGGUCAAGAAAAUAUGAUGAUGAUCCAGAGUUGGCCGAUUUAGCACAACGAUGUGACAGUUUACUACGACGUUUACAGGCUCAACGUCAACGUGCUUCCGUACUAGAUUCAUCUUAUCAUCCGAUAGUACCAUUAUCAUCGUAUUCUUAUCCUACUACUACUAAUAAUAAUCGACGUUAUCGGUCAUCGACGAAUUGUAGAGAAACAGAUCAACAACCUAACGUACGAAAUCGAUCUGUUUCGCCGGCACGUCAAAGUAGAAAUCGUUCGUUGAGCCCAGUUAAAUAUCAACAUCAUCAUAACGAAGAUCUAAUGACAUUGCAAGAAGCCCUUGAAUUAUCGCGACCAGAUUUUAUAUCUCGUUCACGACAACGUGUAAGAAGAAUAAAGUUGUUGCGCGAAGAACGUCAACAUAAUGCUGAAUUCGAUUACGAACGACAAUUAUUAUUUCAAUCUCCACGACCACAAUCUCAUCGUUCGUGUUACUGUUGCGACAAAAUACAGCAUAAGAAGCGUCCAGUAUCCGCUUACGAUCAACAAAAACAAACGACGAAUCAUCAUAAAAAUCGUCCACAUUCCACAAGGGCAGAUAGGCGUAGUAAUAAUAUCUGCUACAAUAUUCCAUCACCGACAUUUAAUCGUCCAUUUCAAAACUAUCAAGCAAUGAAACAGGCAACAAAAAAGAAAUAUGAUCAAUUACCUGAAGUGAAUCAAAGAAGACGACAACAGGAAUGA